AUGAGGUUCGCCGUGCUCCAGGCCAUGGCCAUUGUGCUUGUAUCCGCCGUAUCAGCAGAUGCGGCUCCUGUGUCGUCUGAUAGUGUGUCUUUGAACUUCUUUCAGCAGUUCAUGCAAAGUGUUUUAGAUUCUAAUUCGCCUACGUCGACCGCUCAGGCUACUACAACGCCUGCGGUUGCCUCUCCAAGCACUCCAAAUGUUGUGAGUGCGGAAACUCUUCCUGAAGAUGACACCACGUCACCAGUUGUGCCUACCUCGACCACUCCUACUGUCGUCAGUGUUCCAAAUACCACAUCUGAUGAUACGACUUCGACUCCAUCCACCGACGCCGGGACGACUACUACAGAUCCAUUCACAUCAGCUGCCGAUGCUCCAACAUCCAGGGAUGCUGCCACAACCUCUACGAGUCCAGACACAUCCUCCGCCGAUGCCCCAACCUCCAGGAAUGAUGCUACGACUUCAACGGGUCCAGACACACCCUCCACCGAUGCCCCAACCUCUAGGGAUGACGGAACAACCCCCACAAACGAUAGAACCACAGACACCAAUGGUGAUCUCACCACUUCUUCGGAUGAAACCACCACACCAAACUUUUUCCAAAGUGCGAUUAAUUCUCUUUUGAGAACUACUGAUACUUCAGAUGAUACUACUACCGAUGGUACUACCCCUGCCGACGGAACUACUUCGACUGAUGGAACUACAUCGACUGAUGGAACUACUUCGACUGAUAGAACUACUUCGACUGGUGGAACCACACCAACAGAUGAUACCACUGCAGCUGAUGUUAACACAUCAACAGACGAUACCACUACAACCGAUGGUAACACAUCAACAGAUGAUACCACUACAGCUGAUGUUAACACAUCAACAGAUGAUACCACUACAGCUGAUGUUAACACAUCAACAGACGAUACCACUACAACCGAUGGUAACACAUCAACAGAUGAUACCACUACAGCUGAUGGUAACACUACUACUGAUGGAACUACCCCAACGGACCCCACUACGACGUCAACUCCUAGCACUGUAGUCUUAGACCCUACCUCGAGUGAUGGGUUGACAACGACUGAGUCUGCUGAUGGUACUACUAGUACUACCACUCCUACUGAUGGAACUUCCUCAACCGACACGUCGCCGCUGAGCACACUCUCACCAACUGCAUCCACCUUUUCUUUGGCUGAAACUUCGAACGUUGCCACCUCCUCAGCACCUCUUCCAACUGACACGACUGACACGACCUCUGCAACUGCAGACGAUACUUCGUCAAGUAUUAGUACUUUAUCCCCAUCCGUGGCUGAUUUGACCUCAAGUGAUCCUGCUUCAUCUCAAAAUUUGGUCUCUUCGGAUGCGCAAGUAAGCUCGGCAGAUGAUACUUCGUCUAUUCCCACAGUCACUCCAACUUCUAUCGAGAUUUCCGAUGACAGUUCCUCAAUUUCUACAUUGACUCCAACUUCAUCUGACAUCGCAGUCGAUACCUCUUCUGCCGAUUCGAGCGAUGUCUCAAGUUCUGCAAUCGAUUCAUCUGUUGUGCCAACAUCCGACAGUAGCGACUCACUGAUUGUGACAAACACAGACAGUGCUGUAACUUCUUCGGUUGCCACCGACUCAUCCGUUGCACCAACAUCUGACAAUUCAGCUGCUACCGAUAGUUCCUCGUUGGAGACCUCAGUUGCAGUACCUCUGGCUGAAUCAUCCAUUGAGACCCAACUGACGGACGAUUCCAGUUUAACCAGUGCUGAUCAAAGUGAUGCGACAUCAAGUGUUGAUACUGCAAUACUUAGUACAUCAUCUCUGGAAGUUGCACCGGAUACUAAUUCCGAUGUCACUACUGCUUCCGAGUCUGAACCUGUCACAUCAGAUGCUGUUUUAACUUCUGAAUCGUCUGUCACUACUUCUGAUACGGCUUUAACUUCCGAAUCCGCUGUUACUGCUUCUGAUGCAGUUUUAAGUUCUGAAUCGGCUGUCACUACUUCUGAUACGGCCUUAACUUCCGAAUCCGCUGUUACAGCUUCCGAUACGGCUUUGGCUUCUGAAUCGGCUGUCACUACUUCUGAUACGGCUUUAACAUCCGAAUCCGCUGUUACAGCUUCUGAUACGGCUUUGGCUUCUGAAUCGGCUGUCACUACUUCUGAUGCAGCUGUAACUUCCUCUCAAUCUACUCUAUCUGAGUCAGCUGCAUCCGAGUCAGCAGUAACUGCUUCCGAUCUUAAUGCGUCUGGUUCUGUUGUUGCUUCUGAAUCCGCUAUUUCCAAGUCUGCCGUUUCUACUUCUGAGUUGGCCUCUUCGAAGUCUGCUGUGGCUGCUUCCGAAUCUGCAGCUAACUCGGCAGCAACAUCUACUGCUGUAGCUUCUGAAGCAGCAGUAACUUCCGAUGUGUCUCAGUCUACUCCUGGAACGGAAACCGCUGCCGCUUCAACCCCACUUCCACUGGCUGGGGAUGCGAACACUACGAGUGCCACCCGGAGUCCGACGACUGCUUCUCCGGUUCCUGCUCCAGCUCAAACUUCUAGUAGCACUACCAAGAACUGGUUGCCUACUGAAAUCAUUGCUGAGUCGACCACUUCGUCGCUUGUGACUGCUACAAAUACCGGCGUAGCUCAGACAUCAGGCUUACCAAAAGCCAUUACUCCUGCAACAACAGCAUCGCCUGGUGAAGGUUUCGUGGUUAUUACCAUUGGUUUCAAAGAAGCUUUGAACUACCCAUUCGUCGUUGAGCAUUCUUUGUCUUCUGCUCAGAUUUUCGACUACUUGCCUCAGGUUUUGACCUACCCAUUCACGGAUUCUUCAGUCUAUGAGAAUGUUACAGUUAAAAGAUUGGUUCCCUACACCGCCACUGGAAUCAAUUAUGUCAUCACCGUCGCAGAAGUUUACUUCCCAACAAGCUCUGUCACUGCUUUACAACAGCUAGUUGAACUGUCUGAUUCCAAGUUAUACGGAAACCCAGAUCAAACACAAGCAAAGUUGGCAUCGUUGAUCGAUAACAGAAUCCCUCUUCAAGGCUUAGACACGUCAAGUAAUUCUGGUUCCACGACCGCGCUGAACUAUGGAUCCAUGGAUUCUUCCAACACCCCAAUUUCCCGUAAGGGAACUGUGGCAGGAGUUGCUACGGGUGCUGCAAUUGGUACUGUGCUCUAUAUGGGUGUCAUGGUGUUGUUGUUCAGAAGAUUCAGACAGAAGAAGAACAUUGAACUUCCUCCUUCAGAUUCUGAGAGCAACUUCCAUUUUGAAGUUGCAGGCGCUCAAGGGGAACCUCCAUCGCCUUCUCUCGACAGCAACGGAAGACCACGGAUCUCUGAUCCUGUGAAUACUUUCAAUUCGCUUGGAUGGACUCGAUAG